AUGGCAGAAAUGGUGGUCGAAAACGAAUCAAGCCUACAGGGGGAGGUUAGUCCUUCGGCUUCGAUAGUGACCAAUCCCUUCGAGAAUAGUCUCGAUCAUCGAGGUUCGCCGUCGCUAUCGGCCACUGAGGUGGUUCACAACGAAUACGACUACAUAGAAUACAUUUCGGACUAUUGGACUGAUUUUACAUAUUUAGUAAAUUCUGGCGACGCAUACAUUGAUGCUGGAGUAGUUACUAUGUCACUCUCCGAAUUAGUGAACGCGAAAAUUGGUGUUGAAGCUACGGCAUACCUUGCAAAUCUCCUGAAAGGCUCUGCCGAUGAACCUCUACUUGCAGCUUUGGGUGGAGAUCCCAUGGCAUUGAAAUUACACAUCGAGCAUGAUUUAAACAAUUGGAAGGAAAAUGACAUGGAACCAUACUUUGUGUUUGAGGGUCAAUCAAUUGUUGGCAAAAAGGAGAUGACCAUGCGUAGUCUGAAGGUUGCCAUACCCGAAAGAGAACAAGCGUGGGCUUUAUAUAACGAUGGCAACCCUACAGAUGCUGUCGCGGCUUUCCGCAAAGCUGGCGCCAUUCAAAUCACAGACUUAUACCAUAUCUUACAAGAAGUUCUUACUGCAAGAAACUUGGAGUACAUGACUGCUCCUUUUAGUGCUUGUGCUCAGCUCGCCGCCCUCGAUCGUCAUGACGAGCAAUACAUUGAUGGAAUUAUGGGCUCUCAAGAAUUACUUCUCUAUGACAUUUGGGAUUCUGUCAUUUACCCACCCACCCUGACAGAUUGGGACAAUAAAGCGUUCAGAGGGGUCGUCAGAUCAGAAUUACUCAAAAAGCUCAACGUCGCAUCAGAUAUGCUUUCCGAUGCAUUAUUGAUGACCGGAACAUCAUUCUUACCACCCUUCCCUCCACUCCAAGACCAUACCAUCAUCAGUCGUCAACCUUAUAACGUUGGUGAUGCUUUCAAUCUUCUCAGGACGUCGGAAAAGUCGGUUAGUGCGACUUGCGCAGCUUUCAGUGAUAUCUUAAAUGUACGAGACCGAGAUUGGCUUGAUAAGUAUCGUAAGGCAAAGAUGGGUAUCAAGCAUUGCGUUACCGUAGCCACAGACGGAAGCAUUCACAUCAGGGAAUUCGAUCACCUGACUGGCGACAAUCAUCAAUAUCUUGGUUUACAACUACCCGCAGAGUUAUACUCCUACCUUCAGAAGGACGUUAUCGGUCCACGUCUCAUGAAUACCUUCAACUCUCUCGAAUAUCAUGUUCUUCCAACCCUCGAUGGUUUUGUAUCAGAUGAGUAUCGAAAGUUGAUUACAGAAUCUCUUCUACCACUCAAGGAAAUUUCUGCAGCUCUUAUUGCCCCUCGAAUGCAUCGGGGCUUCCUCUACAAAGAUAUUACCAUGCGCCUAUGGUUUGACGAUAACAACAAGCCAACAUUAAAUCAUAAACGCUUACAACCACAGACAAAUGAUUUAGUUGACUUGUGGGGUGUUAAGGAUUCCGACUUGAAGAAAUACGAAACUAAAUCUAUGCAAGCAGGAAAGAUAUCUUUUGCCGCCAUAUCAUUGCUUGACAACAAAGAUCUCCCUGCCAAAACCAUUGGCAAAUCAAAGCCUACAAAUCUCUCAUCAAAGUCAGAAAUUCUAUCCAAUUCGUUAUGGCGUUUACUUCAUCUCAGAGGUUAUGUCAAUGAUCAACAUGUUUUGACUAAUUGGGGAAAAGCAUUAGCCACCACGUUAAAGGCCAUCCAACCUAUCUCCGAAAAAUUCCAGGAUGCUCACCUCAUCGAAGAAGCAGCAUUUAUGGCAUUCGAACUCAUUCGUUUUGAAAAUCUUCACACCCGCGAGCGUCAUCCUGAACUAAUUGGAGGGCCACUGCGAGGUCAUGAAGAAGACAAAGCAAAUUGUAUCCUCAUCAGUCGAGCCGCGUGUCUUCUUAAGAUUAGACAUUCGCCCAUCGGGUAUACUGGUCCUUUGAGCAAGAAUUUCCUCUCAUAUCAUUCAAUUAUCAAAUCUAUUAGGGAUACAGACAGAGAUUUAAUCGAAGCCAUCGUUGCUUCGAUGCUCUUGAGUGGUCAAGUUGUUAGGGAUGUCAAACAAUAUCAAGGUCUAGGUCGCAGUCUCCCAUUCGAUACCGAUAUCGACGUAGCUUUCGGAAUAGCCGUUAAAACCUACUUGGACGACUAUAUCAAAGCUGAUCUAUCUAAGGAGGACAAGCAGAUAAUGAAGAGUGCAUAUAGUGCAACAUAUCUUCCUCAUGCAAUCAAUUUCGUAGAAGAUCUUGAUGUUGCAUUUGGUUUCUUUGAUGCAUUACAUAUGGGAGUGAAGACCUUAUCAGACAAGGAGAUGAAUGAUGAGGACAAAAAGACAUGGGAUGAUGCUAAAGCAUAUCUCGAUCUGAGAAGAUAA